GUCGAUUUCUCAAAUGAAAUCGGAGGUGCGCGUCGACACGCAGGAUAAUUUAAAAGUGUGCAGCGGCCACGCGGUGCGAUGCUUCGCCGGCGGACCGCGCAAGAGCAACGAGUCGCAGUGCCCGAUGCUGCAAAAGGUGGAACGGCCGAUUCUAUCGACGGCGACGACGCCGUCGAUGAUGUCGACGCGACAAACCACGACGAUCGUGCGUAAUCACCUGAACAGCACGUGCAGCGUCACGAAUUCGCCGCAUCAGAAGAAGCUGCGCUUCAACCUUGCGAAGGAGAGGAAGGCCAGCACGACCCUGGGUAUCAUUAUGAGCGCCUUCAUCAUCUGCUGGCUACCGUUCUUCGUGCUGGCGCUGGUACGGCCGUUCCUCACCGAUCCGGAUGCGAUACCUGCCUUCAUUACGAGCCUCUUCCUCUGGCUCGGCUAUUGCAAUAGUCUGCUGAACCCGAUAAUCUAUGCCACCCUGAAUCGCGACUUCCGCAAGCCGUUCCGCGAGAUUCUUUAUUUUCGUUGCGGCACCCUCAAUCACAUGAUGCGCGAGGAGUUUUACCAGAGCCAAUACGGCGACCCGGUCAACAAUUACGAGAUUAAAGCCGGCGAGAGUGCGGAGAGUGCGGACCGCUUCGAUGAUCAUCGUGAGUCGAUGGACGUCGCCGGCGCUGGCGCCGGCACUCCGAAUGAGAGCUUCCUAUGAUCCGAGAAGAGACGUUCCUCGAUUGGAGUCGAGGACCGUCGUCGUCGUCGUGAUAUUAACAGACGGAGACCACCGUCCUCCUGCUGUAUCGAGCAACUUAACGUAGCGCCUAACGAGAUCCUCCUGUGAUUCUCCGACCGAUUAACUCUUCCAUUAACACCAUUAUCGUUCCCAGUGGACGCAGAACGUUUUUGAUCUUAAUAAGCCAAACUAUCCGACCAAUCGUUCUAAAUUGCAAGUGCUAGUGUAACGAGAUCAAAGUUACCGCUCGUCGAUAGUAAACUCGCUUCUUCUUAAUUCUAUCUAUCGUAACGUAUGUAUGUGUUGAGGAAAAUAUUUAUUUUCCCAAUUUGACGUACCAAUUCGACACACACACACACGAAGAGAGGAUCUUGUUGCGAUUUUAAGGAAGAUAAAUCACGAUGAGAAAUUGUUACGUCAUACUCUUUAAGAAAAGAGAUCAACCAUCAUCGAAAGAUUCACGAAAAGUUUUCAUGCAAACGUCCCAUAUAGAUUUCACCGGAAACAUAUCAAUUUGUAAAGAAAGAAGAAACGUCGUGGGCGCAGUAGAGCGAAGCUAACGACCCGAUAAAUCGGCGUAGUUCAUUGACUCGUCGCGCAACUUUGACAGACAAACGGCCGCACAAACAACAGUCGUUGCACAGGACAAUCAGAGGAGAGCGGGACGUGUUUCCCGCAAUUUUAUUCUCCACGGAGGCGCCGACGAGAUUGAAUUUUCUACAUCGCACUGUGACGUCGAUAGCCGGAGAACUUGGUCAGAACAAAACGGGAGAGAUGUUACGCUCUGUACAGAGUGUGUCUGAUGAUUACCGUACCAACUAUUGUACAAAGACACGGUCUCAAGAAAGAUCGAAUUUGUUGAAUAGCAACGGCGAGUGAGACAUCCCUCCCUUCGUACAGAGUUUCCCAUUCAUUCUUUAAUUAAUCAUAACUAUUGUAAAGUUUUUAUUGCGUUCCACCUACAUCGGUACGAUAAUUGUCAGAUACAUUGUAUGAGAAAUUUUGUUCCCGAAAAAAUCUCUCGAGAACAAAAAAGAUCUUCUUUUAUAUCAAAUUAUUCAUUUCGAAAUAAUCACUCCUUCGUUGAUACACUAUUACGGUACGUUGCAUAUCAUUGUCCAGCGAAGCACGACGAAGAAACUCGCAUUAAAAAUUUACUGAUCGAUGCUGUGUUCUUCUGCGAGAAGCUCGUUUUACGCAGUCAAUUCAACCGCGCUAAAUUAAAGAGAAGGGUAUAAAAUUGCUUGUCAUUAUGACACAACGAAGUCAGCCGCGCAAAAUCAUUAAUGCAUCUCGAUUCUUUCUUCGUGUGGUUGCGAAUAAAGAGAAGAAUGUAUUUUUCGCAUUUUAUAGUUAGAAUAAAAAGCAUAUUAAUAAAUUGUUUUUUAUAGUACAUGGUGUCUCAUAAUGAUCGCCUCUUAGAAGCACGACGUUCCUAAAUCAAAAGUUUCUUUUGCAAAGAUUUGACUAAAUCCUAUCGUUAUUACUCAAAUCACUGUGUAACCUUUCAGAGAAAUUAUUUAUGCUUUCUCCUAAAAAGAUUUUUAUUGCUCAGUUGGAACACAAUAAAAAAAAAUAUCAAGUUUUCACUUAAAUAUUAAUAGAUUUCUUAAUCAAAGAGGAGGCGCACUAGAUUGUAAGAAAGAUCAAUUCUGCUUAAAAAAUACGAACCAAGUUUGUUUUUGCAACAUAAUCAUUUUCGUCGCAAAUAUGUGCUCUUAUGCGAUAGACAGAACACGGAUUCCUUCGAAAACAUUGAUCCAAGUUAUAGACACGAGGUGCCGAAGCGCGCCGCUCGAGAUGCAUUAUAUGAAGUACCGAGGUACCUCGCAGAAGCAUGCACCGUAACCAAUAAACGCAAGGAACGCGCGCACGUAAGUGUAGGUAGGUGUGUGUGUGUGUGUGUAUGUGUGGAUGGAUGUCAGGUCUUGCCUCGAUAUCGCUUAGAGAGUAUUGCGUGCGGCAGCAAUGAAAUUUGCAAGACAUUAGGUGUAGUUAGAGCUAGUUUGAUUUUGAUUGGAGUCAAAUCAACGUGAAAUCAACGCAAAAUCUCACGUUGAACGUCUCGAGCUUGGCUUCCGCGAGCAAAGUCGAGUCGACUCACGAUCGUGCGGCACGCGAAUACACAUCGCGAUAAUCGCGCCAGAGAGCAUCGAGAUAAGCCAAUGCCGGCAAAAAUAAAUGGUUGAAAUAAAAGUGAUAGUUAUUACAUAUUUUCCCAAUUGAGGAAAAAAUCUUGAAUUAAAAUACUAUUCUCGAGAGAGUAAUUAUUCAAGCCUAAUUUGUAGAUGAUCUAUACGUAUCGUGUCAGUGAACUUGAGCAAAUCAUAAUCAAACAAGAAUCUUUCUUAUUCAUAAAAUACUAUUAAGUACUGUUUUCAAUUAAAUACUAUUUUACCGACAGAUCGACGAUAACGCCGACUACUCGUAAUGUCUUAUAAAUUUUGUCUAUACAUGUUGCCCGUUUCUUCUAUGAUGAAACAGAAUUGCUUUUUUUUUAUAUACUCAGCGAGAAAUCGAAACAAUUACAUCGACGUUUUCGAUAUUCAUUUCUCACUAGCUAGUGAAAUUGGAUUAAUUUAACCGGAGCUCGGAAGAAGCGAAUAAUGAUUCUCGAAAAAUAGAAAAUAUUAGACGAGCAAUAUAAAAUGAGAGACAGUCAUGUCUUAUUUUUACGUCAAUUUAACCGCAAAAUGAAUAUUUCCUUUCAAAAAUAUAUGUUGGAUAUUAUUUGCUCAUUGCAUAUUAUCGAGGGAAAUAUUUAAUUGCAUAUUUUUCUACAGCGCUACAUCCUCAAUAUUUCUAUUAAGAAAAUACCGGAGUGAUCGUCGAACUCUGGUUUAAACGGAACUAAAAAUGUCGAUAACUAAGAUGAAUACGUUAAAAGAAAGACAGCGGUGGUGUACGUUGGUCCAGUUGACUUAGCUCUUUGCUUUGCCGUUAGUGGAAAAUGCAUACAUAUAAAGAUUAGAUUUUUAUUUUCGCUACUCUUCUACCGUAGGCUUCAAAAAUUUCCGAUUCCAAAAUUUCCACAUUAUUCUUUUAUAUUAUCCACAUGACAGAAAGAUCUCAUUACGUACAUGCAUGAACUGCUGAACUCUUGUACAUAUUGUUACACGAAUUUUAAUAAUUCUAGUUAUAAUAAUUCGCCAUAUUAAGCCAAAAGCUGAAAAAUAAACUUUUUUUUUUCAUUACAAAUUGCCUCUAUUUAUCAACGCAUUUAUUUAUUUUACGCUUUUUUUUUGUAUAAAAGCUUUUGCAACUAAUAUACAUAAAAUAAUGCGCAGAAAGGAAAUGGCAUUCAAUCAGUGACGUAGACAAUUCUAACAUGUCUUCUCUGAUAGAAUGUUUCGAAUUUUUUCUCGGUAUACCACAAGUGAAUACUGGUAUAUCGUAGAAAAAGUGAAAAAUAAAAAUGAUUUCGACGACGGAACAAAAUAUAGUUGCGAAAAUAUUGUUCUUUUCUCUAUAGAAAAGCUUGAAAUCUUUCGAGAUAUAUAUAUAUAUAUAUAUAUACGCUCGACAGAGUAACAUAUACACGCGAGAAACGUGUAUACCUGUUGUACUAUUUGCUCCACACGCAGCAAUGUUCCGCUAUAUGGAAAGGAACACAUAAAUAUAUAAAUACUUGGUGCUACAGCAAAUCUUUCCAACUAACGGCAAUAGAUACCUACGCAAACAAAAAGAUAAUUUUAAUCGUGAAGAAAAAAUACAUGUUCCAAUUGUGAAAAUACAUUUCAUACAUUUUACUUACACACACGCGCGCGCAUAUAAGUCAUGUGUCAUUUCUCGAUCACGUGAGGAUUUAUCACUAGCUAGACAAUCUUAAAUGUCUCCCAAACGACCUAUAUUUAUAUGUAACGUGAAUCAAAAAUAUAUUAAAAAGAUAUCGGAAUGUGUUGAAGGACCUGUUAUCGUAACUUUAAAAAAUCUACGUCGGUGGAACCCUUAAUUUUUCAACAACCCGAAGCUUAUUUUUGCACAUCACUAUUGAAUUUAUAUUAGAAUCUGGCAUAUUUAACAGAAAUGUUAAUAGGCGGAGGAAAGCGAGUAAAAUAUUUCCAAUAUAUAAUACCGAAUGUUCCUCAUUACUCGUUACAUUUUUGGACCAAAAACGCGAAUGGAAAAACACGGCGAAAAUACAUCGAGCAAGAAGUUUUAAUAUGCUUAAGGGAUCGACCGACGAAAAGCGAAAGUACGUGAGUUCUUACGUAUAUCCGUGCGUUAUGCAAACAGGGAAAGAACAAUUUAUUUAUUCAUUAAAACGAAAUGUUCGAUGUACAUAAUCCAUAAUGUCGUAGCAACAUCGUCUGAUUGAAGAAAAACUUGUAUCCUACAAUCAGCGAACGUGUUACAGUAAAGAGAAUUUGAUGGACGUAGAGCAGACGUAAGGCGUUGUUUUUUCUUGUGAAAAUUUGAUAUGCGACAAAGAUGUCACACACCACACACACACACACACACACACACACACACACACACACAAUAACGUGGUACAAUGCAACAUCAUCGAUGUCAUAGCCAAUACGAUGUUUAAGAAUAAAUGUAUAGAUAUACAUUAAUACCAUGUUGAACGGCAGAGCGAGAGUCUAGUGAAACCAACGGUCAUAUUCUCAAUAACAACUUACCGCAGUAAGCUGUAGAAGGAAAAAUAAUCACUUGUGUGCAGUAUCGUUCAGAAAACAUUUGUACAGCGGUUGAGUAAUUCACCAACGUAUUGGUUUAAAUUUAGGGAUCUAACAGUCAAGAACAAUAAUCGCUGAUCGCUCGCUCGCUUUGUUCCGCUGAACGCGGCUAUUGUGUUGAUCGAAGAGUUUAUUUCAAAAUCGAAACGAUUCUCGAGAGAGAACCUAAGGUCCGUAUUCGUAUAUAAAUUAGUUAGCCAGAUCUAGUACUGGUAAUUAGGUAUAUGAUUCUAAUCAUUUUCUAUUAAAACGAAUAGUUUAACAUCAGACGAGUAGUAAAAGAUGAGUAGUAAAUUUCUAAAAUAUCGACUACCAGACGUCUUUCAAAUAUUUAAAUUGCUCCGGAAAGAACAAAUAAAUUCACAAAAUGUUUGAAAGGCAUCUUAAAGAUUUAGAAGGUGUUUCAGAAGUAUUUUCAAUUAAGAGGAAAAAUUUGAAAUUUUGAUGUGAAAGAUUUCCAACUUAAAAAGUGCGCCUUUCUUAAGUUUAUGUUUUAGCGCUUGUUUGUUUUCACAGUUUUGUAAUAUUUACGUUGCGGUAGCCAUUUAUAUAUAUAAUAAAUAGAUCUCUUAUCGAUUAUAAAUUUGCGAAAUUGGAACAUAAGUACAUAAGGAACAUACAUAAAACUCUGUUUAGCGUUAAAUAUGCGCUGAGAAUACGGACCGAUGUAUGAAUGCAUCACAGUAUUAUGUUAUUUAGAUACUCAUCUUGUAGCAACUCGAAAUUCUCUAGUAAACAUUUCAUGCGUGUAAGCAUAGAAAAGAGCGAAACUUGUUUUUCUUUUCUAACAAUUUAUUAGAGAGAAGGCGGUAUUAUUAUAGCCCCUCCAUUUACAUGUUGUAUAAUAACUUUGCCAAUAAUCAAUAUUUUAUAUUGAAACUUAACGUUUAUAUUCGUCAAUCGAUUGUAGAUUCAAAGUUAUGCAAUUUUUUUUACUUAGGAUGUUGUUUAUAAAAAUGUAACGAUAUUGCACAAUGGGUCGAACCGGAGUGUGGCCCCACUAAAAAGUUGGUUUUGUUAUUAAAAAAAAAAAAAAAAAAAAAAAAA